AGCUGUGAAUGAAAGAGCUACUCUGCAGCCUUUGGUGUUCAAUUUUAUAAGCUUUAAAGAACAGUGGGAGCAAAAAUGCCGCCACCUGCAGAUAUCGUGAAAGUGGCUAUAGAAUGGCCUGGUGCCUUCCCCAAGUUGAUGGAAAUUGAUCAGAAAAGGCCUUUGUCUGCAAUAAUAAAGGAAGUCUGCGAUGGGUGGUCUCUUUCAAAUCACGAGUAUUAUGCACUGCAGCAUGCCGAUGGUUCCAAUUUCUAUAUCACCGAAAAGAACCGCAAUGAAAUUAAAAAUGGAACCAUACUUCGAUUAACUACAUCACCAGCCCAAAAUGCCCUGCAGCUCCACGAGAGGAUCCAGUCUUCUAGUAUGGAUGCCAAGCUGGAGGCACUGAAAGACUUAGCUGGCUAUUCACGCGAUGUAACAUUUGCCCAAGAAUUUAUAAAUCUAGAUGGUAUUUCACUACUUACACAGAUGGUGGAAAGUGGCACUGAACGGUAUCAGAAAUUGCAGAAGAUAAUGAAGCCCUGCUUUGGGGAUAUGUUGUCCUUCACGCUGACCGCAUUUGUCGAGCUGAUGGAUCAUGGCAUAGUAUCCUGGGACACCUUCUCUGUGGCUUUCAUUAAAAAGAUAGCAAGCUAUGUGAACAAAUUUGCUACAGACAUUGCUAUCUUGCAACGAUCACUGGCCAUCUUGGAGUCAAUGGUGCUGAAUAGUCAUGACCUGUAUCAUAAGGUAGCCCAGGAAAUUACCAUCGGCCAGCUAAUCCCACAUCUUCAAGGGGCUGAUCAAGAAAUUCAAACGUAUACCACGGCGGUAAUAAAUGCGCUUUUCCUUAAAGCACCUGAUGACAAGAGGCAGGAGAUGGCAAAUAUUUUAGCACAGAAACAGCUUCGAUCAAUCAUCUUGCAACAUGUCAUCAGAGCUCAGAGAGCCAUCAAUAAUGAAAUGGCACAUCAGCUGUAUGUGCUGCAAGUGCUCACCUUUAACCUGUUGGAAGACAGAAUGAUGACCAAAAUGGACCCUCAAGAUCAGGCUCAGAGGGAUAUCAUAUUUGAACUCCGAAGAAUUGCCUUUGAUGCAGAAUUGGAACCUAACAGCAGCAGCGGCAAUGUUGAGAAACGCAAAUCCAUGUAUACCCGGGAUUACAAAAAGCUUGGCUUCAUUAAUCAUGUGAACCCAGCGAUGGAUUUUACACAGACUCCUCCCGGGAUGCUGGCCCUUGACAACAUGCUGUACUUUGCCAAACAUCAUCAAGAUGCCUACAUCCGGAUUGUCUUGGAAAACAGUAGCCGAGAAGACAAGCACGAAUGUCCAUUUGGUCGAAGUAGUAUUGAAUUGACAAAACUGCUAUGUGAAAUCCUAAAAGUAGGAGAAUUACCCAGUGAGACCGGCAACGAUUUCCACCCAAUGUUCUUCACGCAUGAUAGGUCAUUUGAAGAGUUCUUCUGCAUUUGUAUCCAGCUGUUGAAUAAGACAUGGAAGGAGAUGAGAGCCACAUCUGAAGACUUCAAUAAGGCAAGAUUGCUGGGGGCAGGCACAUCCUAUAGUACAAUUGCCAUCAGCAAGCGAGCAGAGAUUUUUGAGGAAGACUAUGUUGUUUAUAGGUCUCUAACCUUUCAGAAGCACUGCACAGAAAAGAGACAGGAGGAGGAGGAGGAAGCUAAGGAAUAA